GUGUGUGUCAGCACAGAUCUGUAUGGUGAAUCGGAUGCGAGGCAGCGCGUCGCGCACGCGUCGAUCAGUUCCACCGCGCCGCUCAGACGCGUUCAUAUGGGUCUGUAUAUCCGGGUCGGAGGGAGUGUCUGAGAUUUCCAGCACACACACACACACACACACACACACACACACACACACACACACACAGAGAGAGAGAGAGAGAGAGAGAGAGAGAGAGAGAGAGAGAGAGAGAGAGACUACCGUACUGUACGCGGUAUGGCAUCGGGCAGAGGAACGCGGGCGCGCCGUGCGAUGGAAGCGCAUCUGGAAUGAUUUAGAUCAGGAGAAACAUACACAACGCCAUGGAGAAGACGCAGGAGAGGCGGGUCGCGGCUCGGACGGGCUCGGCCUCGCUCGGCUCUCCCGGUCCCGGUUGCGCUCCGGUGGGGAAGAGCGCGUCUCCGCGGCCCGGACGCAAGCGCGUGAUAGAAGGAGUGCUCAGCAAAUACACCAACCUCAUUCAGGGCUGGCAGAACAGGUAUUUCGUGUUGGACCCUGAGUUGGGUCAGCUGCAGUAUUUCGUGAAUGAGCAGGGGCGGAGUCAGAAGCCCAGAGGUUCUCUUCCUCUGAUUGGUGCGUGUGUAACGUCGAGCGAUGAAGCGCCUCACAUGUUCAUCGUCAGCUCAGCCAAUAGAGAGCUCUUCAAACUCAGAGCGGUGGAUGCCACAGAGCAGCAUGUGUGGAUGACACAGAUACAGGCCUGCAGCAGACGCCACUCUGACAGCAGUGCCAAGAAUGACUCUCUGGAGGGGAUUUCUGUCAGUGAUGAGGAGAUUGAUGCUGAAGAUAAUGUGGAGGAAGAUCUCGACGUGCUGGAGGACCAGAGGAGUGUUAUUCUUCAACUGUGUUCUCAACUCAAACUGGGAAUGGACCUGACACGAGUGGUGCUCCCUACAUUCAUCCUGGAGAAGCGCUCGCUGCUGGAGAUGUACGCUAACUUCAUGGCCCACCCUGAUCUCUUCCUGGCCAUCUCCACCGGCAGCGGUCCUAAAGAGCGCAUGGUGCGAUUCCUCGAAUACUACCUGACCGCCUUCCACGAAGGACGCAGAGGUGCGGUGACCAAAAAGCCCUACAACCCCGUGCUGGGCGAAACCUUUCACUGUUCGUGGGAGGUCCCACGAGACCAAAUCCGGCCUCUCAGGAGUCAAACCCAUCCUGUCGGGUCAGCGGGGCGAGAGACAAACGCGAGGAGCGAUCGGGAGGCGGUGAGGGCGGGGCCUGACUGUUACAGGGUGCGAUUCGUGGCGGAGCAGGUGUCCCAUCAUCCUCCGGUGUCGGGGUUUUACUGCGAGUGCGCCGAUGGAGGCAUGUGUGUCAAUACACACGUCUGGACCAAGAGCAAGUUCAUGGGCAUGUCAGUGGGCGUCUCCAUGGUGGGCGAAGGCCUGCUGUAUUUGCGGGACCACGGCGAAGAGUACGUGUUCACGUUCCCGAGCGCGUACGCUCGCUCCAUCCUGACCGUGCCGUGGGUGGAGCUGGGCGGUAAGGUCACCAUCAGCUGCGUUCAGACGGGAUACUCGGCCAACGUCACAUUCCACACCAAACCCUUCUACGGGGGCAAAGUUCACAGGGUAACCGCGGAGGUGAAGCAGAACUCCAGCGGCAUCAUCGUGUGUAAAGCUCAGGGCGAGUGGAACGGGACGCUGGAGUUCACCUACAGCAGCGGAGAGACUAAAGUGAUUGACACCUCAAAACUGACCGUCAUCAGGAAGCUGAUCCGUCCCGUGGAGAAACAGGGGCGGACCGAAUCCAGGCGUCUCUGGCAGCACGUCACGCGAGCGCUGAAGGAAGGAAACAUUGAUUUGGCUGCAGAACACAAACACGUGUUGGAAGAACACCAGAGAUCAGAAGAGAGGAGGAGAACACAGAACAACAUGAGCUGGAAACCCAAAUACUUCAGCAAAGAGGGUGACAGAUGGGUGUACAGAAAUCCAUUACGGAAAACACUGAGAUGAAGAUUCAGACACUAAAACCCAAACAGCCGAUAAAUGGACCUCAAUAUAAACGGACGGAUGAAGAUCUGAGUUGUUUGUACAGAACUAAAAAUGUAUAAUAUGGACACAUAGGAUAGAACUUUUAUACACUGUAAAAAUGAUAUUUUAUUUUUCACAAUUAUCUAAACAAGAUUUUAUGGUUUUACACAUACAGGCAGUAUAUUAAUGUCGCCAUGUGCCAUGUGAUGGUUACAAAAUAAGACCUUAAAGGAUGAAGCUGAAAAACCACACCAACGUCAUAUUUCAUCACAAAACCAACAUACAGAAUUUCUAAUUACUGUUACGUAAUGACUAUACAGCAGAUGUGCUUGAUUUGCAUUAAAAUAACAUCGCCUUGUAAAAUGCUGUUUUCUUUAUUGCUC